GUAUUUGAAAAACAAGAAAUUAUUUGUUACAAAAAAGAAGGAAAAGAAAGUGAAUUAAUGUAUAGGGUAUUCUUCAAGGAAAUCACUUUCUUUGUGAAGGCCCUCUUUUCCUCAACUCUUUAUUCCCCUGUCUAAAUCUCAAUCAAACCUUUAACAUCUUAACAGACUGUUUUUCACAUGCUCUCUCUCUCUCUAACAUCAACUUUUCACUUGUAUUACUUUCUCCAGAAUUUCAUUUUCUCCGGUUUCAUCUCUGCUCACUUGUCAGAAUUAGCUACUAUUUAGUUGCCUCACCAGUCUUUAAUUUCAAUUAGACAAUGUCGCAAAGCUAUGCCGUUGAGCUUUACUUCGAUCCUGCGCUUGAGAAUCAGGUAUUGAAGGCCUGGAAUGUACUGGCUCGACGCCAAAUCAGCACACAGCUGAUUGAGAUUGAAUCAAGGCCUCACCUGACCUUAUUUUGGAGUGAUUUUGUUGAUGUUGCUAAGUUAGAGAAUGUACUAAGAAUCAUUGGUUCGAAGCAAGAACCUCUGUCUCUGUCUUUCUCUUCAAUUGGAAGCCUCCCAAGUGACAACAACGUUCUGUUUCUUGGCCCGACCCCAUCUGCCUCGCUCCUUCAGUUUCACUCGCAGUUGUGUGAUGCCAUGAAGAAAGAUGGUAUAGAAAUCGGGGAGGAGUACCGGCCAGACAAGUGGAUUCCUCACUGCCUGGUGGCUCAGGAGGUGCCAAAGGCUCGUAUGGCUGAGGCAUUUACUGUCUUGCGGGAUUUGAAGCUGCCGGUUAGUGGAUAUGCAACGGAGAUUUCGUUGGUCGAGUACCAACCUGUUCGUGAACUCUUCUCCUUGACUCUGGGUACACAUUACCUUAGUGAGGGUUAGGGCAGUUUGCCUGUGAUGAGUUAGGUUGCAGAUCUUAUGAAUUCUCUUGUGCUUCUAAAAACUGGUUGUAGAUUGAUUGCAAGGAUGGUACAUAUAGCAUGUGAUUAGGAUUCAUUGCAGUUGAUGGCUAUAUGAAUGUCACUAUUUAUGUCGGCUUUCGUGCCCUUAGUCAAUUUCGCGUAGGAAUCAUUUUGAAAUUUUAUUUGAACUUGUUUGGGAGAAUGCGAUGUCAUGCUUAAGUAUUUCGUGGAUAGAAUCAUGCCUUCUCCAUUUUUCUUGACUUUUUACCCGGAUGUAUGAUGUAUAUUGUAUAUUAUAUUAUGCAAUAUAAUGACUUGUGUUUAUGAUAUUGCA